GCCGACGAAGGCGCGGGAGGCGGCGGAGGCGCCCGCGGUCGCGCACGGGCAGACCUGCAGCGCACCAUGGCUGCGCCGGCCAAUGCCCAGACGGCCAGCAAGACCUGGGAGCUCAGCCUCUACGAGCUGCACCGGACCCCUCAGGAGGCCAUCAUGGAUGGGACGGAGAUCGCCGUCUCCCCCCGCAGCCUGCACAGCGAGCUGAUGUGCCCCAUCUGCCUGGACAUGCUCAAGCACACGAUGACCACCAAGGAGUGCCUCCACCGCUUCUGCUCGGACUGUAUCGUCACGGCGCUGCGCAGCGGGAACAAAGAAUGCCCCACGUGCCGGAAGAAACUGGUCUCCAAGCGGUCCCUGCGGCCGGACCCCAACUUCGAUGCGCUCAUCUCCAAGAUCUACCCGAGCCGGGAUGAGUACGAGGCCCACCAGGACCGGGUGCUGGCCAAGCUGAACCGCCUCCACAACCAGCAGGCGCUCCGCAGCAGCAUGGAGGAGGGGCUGAAGAUGCAGGCCAUGAACAGGGGCCAGCGGGUACGCAAGCACCCCCUGGAGUCGGACAAUACCACCUUCAGCGGCGCGGAGGACAACUGCGACAGCCGCUCGCACCUCAGCAACGCCUCGGCCCCCAGCCAGCCCGAGGCCGGGCCCAGCCGCAAGCGCUCGCGGGCCUCCGACGAGUCGUGCCCCGAGCCGGAGACCUCGCACGAGGGCGGCCGCGGCAGCCCCGAGCCGGGGGCCGAGCCCAGCAGCUGCGAGAUCGAGCUGGUCUUCCGCCCCCACCCGGUCCUGGUGGAGAAGGGCACCUACUCGCAGACCAGGUACGUCAAGACGACGGCCAACGCAACGGUGGACCACCUCUCCAAGUACCUGGCUCUGCGCAUCGCCCUGGAGGAGGCGCCGGGGCCGGGCCCCGAGGGCCCCGCCCUGGAGGACGUGAGCGAGAAGCAGUACACCAUCUACAUCACCACCGCCGGGGGGGCGUUCACGACACUAAACGGAUCUGCCACGCUGGAGCUGGUGAACGAGAAAUACUGGAAGCUGAGCAAGCCCCUGGAGCUGUACUACGCACCCACGAAGGAGCAGAAAUGAGCGCAGGGCCCCAGGACUGCCGGGGGGCAGCGAGCGAGUGGGGGGGCUGGGGAGCAGCGGGGCUCUGCAGGGGGCACUGGGGCGCCCAAAGGACCCCCCCCGGCUGCUUGCACCCCCCCCCGGAAACUGUGGGAGCAGCACGCAAGGGGGCCCCCGCCGGGGGGGGGGGGGGGGGGGGC